CAAGCUUCGGACCACCUGACUUCGACUUUGUCUGCGACUCCCGUACUGGAAGACCAUCGACUUAGCGCUACCACUCAACUUGCUAUCUGUUCCUCUAUCAUUUCGAGUAUACCUGCCUCAUCCACUGUUUCUUCUAUCGCUACCAUCCAACCUGCCCCCGUCGAUAUUUCACUUUUUUCAUCUCGUUCCUCUGCAGACCGAACAUCCGACGCCUCUCUCUAUCAGUCUAUACAAUCAAAUCUAGCCAACACUUCUCCAAUACACGACCAGAGCCUUAUGGAACAUGAAGCUUGUGUUCUUGCCAAUUCUCCAACACUACUCGAGACGAGUGUUUCAUUGACUAGGCCAGCCCCUGGUUUGUCCGAAGUCCAUACAGCCUCGAAAGUCAGCAGCGAACAAGACGAAGUGAAUAUCACUCAACUAAGUACUGAUGAAGAGACUAAGUCUCAUAGUUCUCUUGGUUUCCGUGAUCUCGAAAUAAGUUAUCCAAACGAUGCUAGCCAAAAACUAGAUCGUGUGCGUCAGGCGAUAAUUUUACCAGUUCUAUAG